CCUACCUACUAAAUCUGAAGAUAGCCAAGUUUGUUGGUAUGAUUUUCGUGUUCCUUAUAUUAUUGAGCUUGCUGAGCUGUAAGGCUGAUGCUCAGGCAAGAUGUCCCAGAGGUAGGCCUUUGAGGGGCGUUUUCUGCGGGCGAGGUCCAAAUCGCCAGGAUUGUCCAAGUGGAUAUUACUGUGAAAUUGACCCUGCAGACAGAUUCGCAAUAUGCUGUCCACAGUGUCCGGGAGGAAGGAAACCAUUACCCGGUUCGUACUGUGGAGAUGGCCCUAACUACCGGCCCUGCCCUCGUGGAUACCAAUGUAGUGUACACGAAUUGGACGCCUUUGCUGUCUGUUGCCCUAGUAGACGACGUGGAUAUGGAGUUUGAGAAAACACUUGGUUUAAGUCUUGUAAUUUUAAUCGUCCGUGUAGAAAUUAAUGUUUUUAAAAUGUCAAUUUCACUAGUACUGAUGCAUGGUUUGUUAUUAAUGCUUUCAUCAAGAAAUAAAUUCCUUGUUAUCA